UUAUUCCCUAUAACAUAGCACACUGAGCCCUGCUUUCGCCAUGCCCAUGGAAGGCAUGGACCCAUUUGUUGUGCAAAAGGUGAUUGUGGUGUUGAUGGGUAGCCGAUUCGCAGAGAUGUUCAAACGACGCCCUUUCAAAACGGCAUUUUGUCUGUACUGGCUACCAGCCCGGAAAUUGCAGCAGCACAAUUUCAAUUUCCGCUUGAAAUUGCUGAAAUCCUACGGGUACACACCAUCACAAUUGCUUGACACUGGCCUCACAGCAACAAAAUUGAAGAAUUCGAAAGUGUUUCAAGUUCCUGACUUCAGGAACGAUGGAGUACCUUUAAAGGAUUUUCAAAGUGCAUUUUCCAUUUCACAGCUUCUAUAUCACGGGUGCAGGAUUCGUGACUUGCUUGCUUUCCCAUCUCGAUUGGAUCAUUUGAUCGAAGAGGGAGGUAAGAGGCUGAGCCAAGAUCUCCCCCAAGAGGAGAGGGAAGAGUGGACAAAGGUUUUCAUCGACUUCAAGAAAAGCACAGACCUGGGAAAAUUGUGUGCACAUUGUCCAGUUGAGAGUUGGAAUGACAUCUUUUCAAUCUCUGAGCUGCUGCAAGCUGGCAAAACGCUGGAUGCAUUCUGGCAUGUCUAUCCGUUUGAAUGUGCGGAGGCUUGGGGAUUUUCAGUCCAGGAUGCAGUAGCCACAGCUGCAAAAUGCCUGUGUGUAUACAGGAAACUCAAAGAAGCAGGCAAAUCUGCCCAAGAAGUCCUCGAUGCCAUCAACAAUUUGGAAAAAGAAGAGUUUCGCGAGGUAGAAAGUGAAGCUUUCUUCCUUGAUAGUGCAUACACUUUAUCCGAGAAAUUGCAUGCUGGGAUGGCUAUCCAAGUGCUGGAAAAUGGGCCAGAUGCGGAGCAAUUCAAAGAAGCUGGAUGCACUGGUUGCCAGCUGAGGGAAGCUGGAUUUGAUGCCGAAUCCAUGGCCAGGGCGGGGUACAGUUGUGACGAGCUUCGCAAUGCUGGUUUCACUCUUCUUGAAGUCAAAGAUGCUGUAAGCACCAAAGCCAUGGCAGAAGCUGGCUUCACUGCCCAAGAAUUCAAGGAACAUGGCAUUACAGUCAAGUUGCUUCAGGAAGAUGGUUGUACAGCCGCGCAGUUGAGAAUCAUUGGUUUCGUUGCAUCGGAGCUUAUUGGUGAAUACACUGAUUUGCAGCUUGCCAGUGCGGGUUUUGCCGCCUUGGAGCUUCAAAAGCUUGGCUGCGAAGCAUCAUCUUUGAAAUCCAAUUACAGUGCAGAGGAGAUCAUCGAUGCUGGCUUCAGCCCGGAGAGUUUGAAAGCAGCUGGCAUCACAAGUGCCCGGUUGCAGGCUUAUUUUGAUGUCAAGAGGUUGAAACGAGCCAAUUUCACCGCCAAGGAGCUCAAAGAGUCUCAUUUCAAGCGCCAGCAAUUGGAAGAACACUACAAUACCAAGCAGCUAAAAGAAGCUGGCUUCUAUGUCGCACCUAAGAACUGGAGGGAGUCUCAUGGACUUCUUGCUCAUCCAAACACGAGACUGGACAUGGCUUUUGCUGGUGGCGCGAAAAAGAGCUUCAAGUCAAGAACAUGAAGAUGCAGCUUGAAACCACCACAGCUGCGCAGUGUCCUCUCUUGACUGUCGUUUGGGCAUUCCCCUAAGCCCUAAGCGUUGGCAAUCUUUGUUGCAUCUCACCCAGCUGAUCACUUGGUGAAGCUGGUGCGCAAUGGCGCGCAUUUCAAUUUUCGCUAUAACCUGAGCGCCUGGCGCUUUGUGGCUGAUUUGAAUCCCAAUAAUCUACAAGCCUUUCUAUGAACAGAUUACAAUGAGAUUAUAGCAAUGUCCUUAGGUCCUAAGCAAAGAUGACAGUUUGUCCGCAGAUUCCACAGAUGGGUCGGUUUGUCUCCUUGAAAGGAGAGUAAGCUCAACUCGGAAGUUUAGGUGCAGAAGUCCUUGGGUUUCUUCCGUUGGAGCGGGGCCACGCUGCUGACGGCAAGGAAAAGCUGAACGCCCUCGAGUGUCAACUCCCAGAUUCGACAGCGAAGGAAGAAAUCUGAGCUUUGUUGGGAGACUUGGUGGCUCAGUUGGGCGGUCAUUUCUUUGUGUGCUGCUUCCUGUAGUUGGAAAAAACAUUGGUAAAAAAAACCAGCCCUUUGUCUCAAACACCAGACCUGUGCUGCUUGUCUCAUGCAGGUACAGGUCCAGAGCUGAAGGACAAGAACUACAGGUGCUGCUUGUCGCUUGCAGAGAAUUUUCGGCGGGCGGCGGCAUCCUCUUAAGUGCUCGCUGAGAAG